AAGGCGGCCGAGCAGUUGCGACGCGACUACCAAAUGAAUCGGACGCGAUAGCGCUUCAGCGGAAGUCGAGAACUGAGAUGUUUACCCAAGAACUGUAUAUACCAAGUGCUUGAAAGCCGUUAGCAAGUGGUUCAUUUCAAUAUUCGUUUGAAGUCGGUUCGAAUUGAGGUAUUCGUUGGAUUUCGGAAUUUCGCGUGGGUUCGAAACUAAAAGUUCACUUUCCGUGCCACAAAGAAGGACUUUAAAAUAUCGAAUUCUGCUGCGGGAUCUCUGUUGUUCUCGCUUCUUGCAUCUUCUGAUCCUUUUCUCCACUCAGAGGAUGCCCGCUCGGUCUCGGAAUCCUCGUCGCCAGCCAAGCCAAGCGGGAGCUCAAACUGAAAUCCAUUUCCAAACUUUCGCUUAAUCAACGAGCUACGUCCACUUACCCCUGGCUCCAACUCGAAAGGAGCUCGCUCCAACGCUCCCAAAAGCGGAUUUCGAGUGCCUCGCUGGGCCGAGCCACCUGGCAUGUCGUCUUCAAAGGGAAUCGCAGAUUGACGGCCACAUCGCGGAUUGAGGUGACUGCAAACUGGCUGCGACGCCGCCAUUACCCGUUGGGGCAACUAUUUGUUUGUGGUGUUCGUGGAAUGUGCUGCUCAUAACUUGUAUCAAUUGUUCAAACGACGAAACUAAUCGAGCGAAGGAGAUUUAAUUAAGAAGUCAACAUGGCGAUGGAAUGGAUAACUGCAAUGGACAAACGUCCUUGCGACCGGAACCUGCGUGAUGUGGAGCUAAUUUCGUGCCGCUUGCGUCGCGUGGAGCCGCUGUGUCGCCUCCCGGGAUCUGCGCUCCAGCAGUUGGCCAUGUGCGGAUUCUAUGAGGACCUGGAGAAGGGGGUGACUCUUUUUCGCGCCGGCGAGCAGGGACGCUUCUGGUAUGCAGUGCUCGGCGGAUCGCUGGAGGUGCGAUACCAUGCCCACGCCGAUGCCGAUGGCAAGAGCGCAGUUACCCUGUGCAACCUGGGCGUGGGUGCCACAUUCGGGGAGUCCGUACUGCACGACUUGCCGCGGGACAGCACCGUAGUGACGAAGACCACCUGCGAGCUGCUGCGGGUGGAGCAGCAGGACUUUCGACUCAUCUGGGAGAAAAACAAGGAGUUAAUGAAUGACAUAUUCACCAACUGCAAGUUGAAGAACGGUUUUGGACCAAGUGUACAAGCAACAGCCGCAGCCACAUCGCCCACGAAGCGACCCCUCAGCCCCGACCACCCGAACCCAGCGCUGCCCAUCACCGAGACGCCGAGUCCUGCUAUGAACCGCAUGGGCUGGGCCCUACGCACACUACUCGUCGCCGACAACUCGAGCUGUCUGAAGGAUCGCAAGGUCUCUGGCAAGCUAAUCCGCAAGUGCGCCCCCGGCACCGAGCUCGUCGACUGGCUGGUCAAUCUCUCGCCCAUCGUCCACACCCGCGCCCAGGCGGCUGGCAUGUGGCAGGCGCUCCUCGAGGAAGGAGUACUCGCACACGUCAACAAGGAGCAGCCCUUCAAGGACAAGUGCUUCCUAUACCGCUUUCGCCUCGACGAGGAGGGCGGUACGGCAGCAGCGGGCGUGCCCCAGGCGGAGGACCUCGGAGCGGCCAACGAGCACAUCCGCGAGGCGCUGAGCGCACUCUUCCAACGCGGACCGGACGCCACACUGCGUAUGAUAUUGCGCAAACCUUCGCACGAACGGACAUCGGAGGAGCUGGAGCUGGUCUUCGAGGAACUGGUCCACAUCGCCGCACUCUCCCACUUGUCGACCAGCAUAAAGCGGGAGCUCUCGUCGAUUUUCGUGUUCGAGGCUCAUGCUCAGGCGGGAACAAUAUUAUUCAAUCAAGGCGACGAAGGACGCUCCUGGUACAUCUUACUCAAGGGAUCGGUGGACGUUGUGAUACACGGCAAGGGAACAGUUGCCACUCUGAAGACUGGGGAUGAUUUCGGGAAACUGGCCUUGAUAAACGACGCACCCAGAGCUGCUACCAUCGUACUGAAGGAGAACAAUUGCCACUUGCUGCGCGUGGACAAGGAACACUUCAACCGGAUACUGCGCGAUGUGGAGGCCAACACCCUGAGAUUGCAGGAGCACGGCAAGGAUGUUUUAGUGCUCGAGCGCGUGGCUAAGCAACGUGGACAGCAUUCGGCAUUUAAAUAUACGGUGAUGUCGGGCACUCCGGCCAAGAUGCUGGAGCACCUGCUGGAGACGCGACUGGGCCAGUCCGUGGGUGGAAUGGAUCCCUUCUUGGACGACUUCCUGCUCACACACAUCGUAUUCAUGCCCGUCGUUCAGCUGGUUGAUGAAUUGGCCAAUUACUUCCACUGCGAUGCCCAUGAGGACGCCCAAACGCCCGAGGAUCGGGAGUACAUAAUCAACUUUAAGAAGCGCGUGAUCCAGUUCAUGCAAAAGUGGGUCAUGGCCGUACGCCACGCGGCCUUCGAGGAGCCCAGCGUGUGCGACUUUAUCGAGGACCUCGCCGCCGAGGUGGAGGCCGAUCCCGACCUGAACGAGGAGACCAGCAUAGUGCACAACGUGCUCACCCAGAUGGCGCGCUACCAGGAGGACCGCAACCAGAACGCCGGCCAGAAGUGGAAGCUCCCUCCCAACGGCCAGCCCAUCUGUCUCUUCAGUGGCAAUGCGACGCCUUCAAAGACGGUCAUCCGACCAGAUGAUGAUAUCAUCUUCCGCGUCUACUGCGCCGACCACACCUACUGCACCCUGCGAUUCCCCAUGCACACCACGGCGGAGCUCAUCAAAGCGUGUGCCGCCGACAAGCUGCAGCUGAACCGGGGUCCCGAAGAUCUCGUCCUCGUCGAGGUGAAGUCUAACGGGGAGCGGUCCGUGUUCAAGGACAACGAUGUCAGCAUACCCACGGGCCUGUCGCUCAACGGUCGCCUGUUCGUCUCCGUCAAGGACCACCUAGAUGCCCUGACCCAGCUGCAGGAGCAAGAGUGCCCCACCGAGGGCGUGGACAUCGACCUGGAGAUACUGAGCACCAAGGAGCUGGCCUACCACAUCACCCUGUUCGAGUGGGACCUCUUCUGGGCCGUCCAUGAAUACGAAUUGCUCUACCACACCUUCGGGCGGCAUCACUUUGGCAAGAUCACUGCCAACUUGGAUGUGUUCCUGCGCCGAUUCAACGAGGUGCAGUACUGGAUUGUCACCGAACUGGUGUCCACUCCCAGUCUGAGCAAACGCGUCGGUCUGGUCCGAAAGUUCAUCAAGCUGGCCGCAUACUGCAAGGAGUACCAGAACCUGAACGCCUUCUUCGCUGUGGUCAUGGGUCUGUCCAACAUGGCGGUGUCCAGGCUGCAACAGACAUGGGAGAAGAUUCCGUCGAAGUUUAGGAAGAUCUUCCAGGAGUUCGAGGCCUUGAUCGACCCCAGUCGCAACCACAGGGCGUACCGAGUGUUCGUGGGCAAGCUGCAGCCGCCGCUGAUUCCCUUCAUGCCGCUCCUGCUUAAGGACAUGACCUUCGCCCACGAGGGCAACAAGACCAGUCUGGACGGCCUGGUGAACUUUGAGAAGAUGCACAUGAUGGCCCAGACGAUGCGCACUAUACGUUUCUGUCGCUCCAGGAGUCUGGGACUGGAGCCGCCGUCGCCGAAGAGCGAGGGCGAGGUGAGGUCGUACAUCAGCAGCUUCCGCGUCAUCGACAACCAGCGGGUACUCACCGCCAUGUCCCAGAAGGUGGAGCCCACCAGGAAGCUCUAAGCCCAUGUAGCGCUGUCAUCCGAUUAGCCUGUAGCGCGUAUUAAGUGUCUAACCCUAGUGUGUGUUAAUCAACCGCAAUUAGCUGCACAGUUAUGAGCUUAGCCGGGUUGUUGUUGCUUUCCGAAAGCCAAUUGGGCCACGGCCACCACAGCCCGGACCAACUUUCGUCCUCAUCCGCAUCCGCAUUAGCCUAAGCUACAGUGUACUAUAUCUACGACCCGACUAGGAACUAUCUCAAUCUUCUAAUGAACGGAAACCCAAACGCAUUUUAAUGCAAACGAGAAACUUUUUGCUUUAGUACAAAACGAUGGAAAGAUGGAAAACAAUUUGAAAUUCGGGAAUUCCCCGCGGAAACCGAAACGAAUAAAAACAAAACUUGGACGUGUGUGAUACUAAACAUUUAUAGGAGGCAACAUCAAAACAAACACAACUAUACUGCAUAAUUUCCCACAAACCAUUACUCUAUAAAUCCCGCGCGAGCUGGUAGAAUAAUUUGUAAAGUUGUACAACGUAUCCGAGAGCAUGGAAUCUAUAUUUUUAUAAACCCUAAACUAAAACCAACUAUUAAACAGUCUAGUUACAGCUAGUUAUUAGCACGUAAGCUACGUAGCGGAUAAGUUACUUUAUUUAUAGUUUCCAAUCUUAUUUUCAUUUGGUAGACCUUCACCCCAUAUCCUUUUACGGCAACUCGCAAAUAAAAUACGAAACCAUUUAUUAAUAUUUAUUUACACACAGCCCUAAUUCGUUUUAUUUUGUAGAAAGUGCAUGCCUUUUUUAUGCUACGUUAGAUAAGAAAGUGCAAAUGCAAGUGCAUUCAAAUAACUAAACACUGGAGAGGGACCUUAUUAGUUGUAGUUAUGUACAUACAUAUAUAGAAAUACGAAAAAUAUUUACAUUUAUUUAUUACACGUGCAACUGUGUUUAAAAUAUGGGGAAUAUUUACCAACAUAGUCGUUCUUAGAUCUCUCAAUGAAAAUGCAAUCAACCAAUUGUUCUAACUAUUAAAGGAUUUCCCUUAGGUCCAAUAAAUUGUGCGUGUAAAAUGUAAUUAUGGAAUACGUGGUUUUGACACUACCUAUUUUUUGAACACAACUGUACAACAUAUGUAUUUAUAUCCAAGGUAUUACUAUAGUCGGUAGCAGUAGAAAACGAGGGGCAUAUUCUUGAUCCUAUGAACUAACUAUCUAUAAUCCGACCGGAUAAAGAACUAACGUCCGUCUGCGUCAACAAAAUGCCCAAGCAUCGUGAUCAUCGGCGGUUUUAAUAUUUGGUUAAGCCAACACAUUUCCUAAUCAUAAAGUAAAAUAUUUAUUAAUAUCAGUAAUUUCCGGAACUCUAUAUAAAUUACGGGGUAUGUGAAUAGUAAAUACAUUUUAUCUACUAUCCUUAGGUCGGGGACUCGACUAUAUUCUUUUUCGCCUUCAUUAGCCAACCUCAUUUAGUAAUUGUACUUGUAGUUACCAAUUUAACCCAACUCCUCUCCCAAGUAAAGGUCUCUCGAACAACGAUUUAUCACGUAAACACCAUUCCUAGAUGUAACCAAAACUUUGACCAUGAUGCGUAGAAUGUAAUUGUCGUAUUAAUUAACACUUUUCUUUACGAAAACCAAUCAAAAUCAAUCAAUAUAUUCAACUAUAAUCCAGUGGUUUCUCCUCCAAAAAUAAAACAAAGCAAAUGCAAACGAAUAUUCAAUAAAACUUUUAUAGAUAUAGCGAACCGAUUCAAACGAAACAAUAUUCUUUAGUUCAUAGUUAAUGAGAUGUAAAAAUUUCGAAUUGAUUUACAAGCAACGCAACACCAAUUUUAGUAUGGUACAGUUUGUAAGUAGAGUUGGAAAGCCAUUAAUUACUUUAUCUACACCACGUGCUACGGAAACGGGUAGAAUCUAUCAGAAUCACUCACAUAGAAUUGUGUAGGCGUUUUAAACCCGACGCAACCUUACGAUCCUCUGAGGAAAUAUUCGAAAUAAGCCAACUCUUUGGUGCUAAUGGCACAAGCAGAGUACAUUUACCUAGGAAUAUUUAUCUAGCGGAUGCAUUAAUCUAGCAUAUGGACCGUAGAAACUAUUUUAGUGUUAAGAAAUCGUUUCCCACAACGGAAACCCCUUACGUGUCAAAACCAAAAAUGUUUCUACAUUUUUAGUACCGCUACAUAUGUAGACGUAAUACCAACAAUACACCACCACUAUUGUUAUUGUUGUGCACUUUCAAUAAUACAAUUUACAUGCUAUAUAGUACAUAUAUCAAAUAUGCAAGUACUCCAAAAGGGAAAAUUUCCAAUUUCACUUGUGAUUCGAUUUGACAAUCUCAAAACCUAACUCUACGAACUUUUAAUUUCUCAAAUAUAGCCUAGGCACUUGCAUAAAUUCAACAUCAUUGGGUAACUCACUGAUGCACAAAAAAGAUAUAUUCAUGCUAUACGUAUAUACCUCCGUUACCAAGAUAUAGCUAAAGCCAAUCAGUCGUAAUCAGUCAGUAAAUGUUUGAUCCGUAACUUGUUCUAACCAAUAAAUGUUCAAAUCAGUGUUUACAUGUCUAACGCAAAACAAUCUCGAAGUUUACUUACCUACCAAAUAGCAAAGUAGAUUAAAUAGUUCGUAAUGGGGAUGACGAGACGGCUCCCAGAGCUCACAGUAAGAAGACAACACCAACAACCACUUAGAAGUAAUUAAUCCAUCGAUUAUGGUAUGUGCAGCAGAAGCAGCGAUCUUUUAGCCGUACUACCAGUUACAUAUUCUACUAACCAGAAAACCCAUACCCCGAAGUGAGAUUUGUGCAAUGCAGAGCAGAUAUUUCAAUAGCCUAAUAUACCCUAAAUGUUGAACCUAAGCGUAACAAGAUAUAUCUUUGAAUGUCUAACAUUUUGAACUCAACUAAUAUUCGAAUAAAGAUUUAUGUGUUAGCAA